GUGUGUGGGUGUGGGUGUGUGUGGGUGUGUGUGUGGGUGUCCGCGUUUGAGAGAAAUGGUGAGAGGGAGGGAAACACUUUGCAAAUCGGUGAUAUCAACAACAACAACAUAAACACUAGGGCUUCUAGAAAAAGGUCAGUCGUGCAAGAACUGGGACUGUACUACAGCUAACGAACGCCUACUGUGGGUUGUGGGGGAGGGUGUAGGUGUGGGAGCAGGAGAGGGGGGCCGAGCUGCCAGACGUUGUGUCGUCACAACAGUGCAAGCGCUCGCCGAGAACUAGACAGCGGUCUCUCAAGUCAUUAACCUCUGCCAGCAGGGCAAGAGUACUUUUACUACUUUCCUCCAUCCUUCUCCCCUCUCCCCACCCAUUCCCUCCUCCCGUACACUCUCCACCUCGCUGUCAGACCCUCCCCUUCACCCUCUCUCACAAACACACGUCACAUCUCCAAAAUUCCUCCACAGACUUACAAGAAGAGCGGUUUGCAUCGCUCAUCGGUCUCUGCUACCCGCUCUAACCCCUCCAUGUGUCCUCCGUGCGCCUGGAGCAGACGAGAACUGUCAGGAGUUUCUGACGAAAUCUCAGGAGGAACACGUGAAAGUCAUGCAUACCCAGAGACGAGGAGGCGGCUGGAGUGUGGGGCCCGCGGCCUGGCUUCUCGUUGUCACUGUCUUCACCCUGACGAUAGCGCAGGUCGUCGCUGGUGCCGUGUGGCUGGUGAUGUGUCGCAGCAAGUGUCGGUCGUGCAAGCUUUCCUCCGUGUGCUGAGGUUGCCGGAGCUCUGUAGGUGCGACUUCUCGGUUAUCAACAAAGGUUACAGUUCGGCCACCGACCCUUGUUACGGAGGUCACAUAGCGGGAUCCUCAGGACUGAGCCACAUCCUGUUUUCCUCCCUCAGCGACAGGAGAACCACAGAAGUUCAAUCAAAGUGUUGGAUCAAAACCCAGAACUUGUUUUUUGUUUUUGUCUGGAAUUCUGUAUCUUGUGACAACAGCAAGAAACAUCACUCACUUUUUUAUACAGAAAUUGGUGUAAUUUCUGCGAUUCAAGUUGCCAAGGAUAUGCGAACCGACUUGUCUGAACACUCCGCACAUCAUGUCGACCACUGACUGAGAAAAUUUCUUCGAUCCAAUCUGCUAAAAUCAUCUAAUCUGCAUUUUUUACUUUUUUCUUCGUCAGCAGCAGCAUCAUCCGGUUUCCGAUGCCACUGUGCCAUAAAGUACUCCCCAAAAUCAGCAGCAACACUCCAGUCCUCGACUUCAAAAAGGCUUUUGACAUGGCGAGCACGCCUGCCACCACGACAACCUCUCCA